GUGGUGACGUCACAACGCGGAAGUGCGCUGGAAGCAGCAACAGCAGCAACAGCCGCGCUAGGAUCUGCCAGGGGGUAAAUCGAACUGUCCUCAACAGUCAGAUACUAACACGAUGUCCAACCAAGACGAAAUCAGAUACUGUCACAGAUUCUCCUACGUUUUCCUCAAGUUCUUGCUUUUCUUUUACGCCAUCGUCUGGUGGUUAGUGGGUGGCUUCAUCCUGGCCAUUGGUAUCUAUGCUGAGGUUGAGAGGCAACGCUACAAGACACUGGAGGGGAUUUUUUUGGCCCCAGCUAUAAUCCUGAUCCUGCUGGGAACUGUCAUGUUCAUCGUCUCGUUCAUUGGCGUCUUGGCUUCGCUCAGGGAUAAUUUAACUCUUCUGAAAGUGUUUAUGUACACUCUGGCUAUCUGUCUGAUCCUUGAGCUGCUGGGAGGAAUCUUGGCUCUGCUGUUCAGGAACCAGACGGUGGAGUUGGUAAACAAAAACAUCCGAAGGGGAAUUCGGAACUACUACGACGACCUGGACUUUAAAAACAUCAUGGACUUUGUUCAGAUGAAGUUUAAGUGCUGUGGUGGUCAAAGUCAUACUGACUGGUCCUUCAACAUGUACCAUGAUUGUUCUGCACCUGGCCCACUGGCCUGUGGGGUGCCAUACACCUGCUGCGUUACCAGAAAGCCUAAUGAGGUAACCAACACCUUUUGCGGCGCUGGUGUACUAAAGGAACAGCGUUUAGACCUGGUUGACGUCAUUUACAUCAGAGGCUGCACUGACGCCUUCUUCAUCUGGCUGACGGACAACUACAAGAUUAUGGCUGGGCUUCUGUUGGGCAUUUUACUGCCUCAGUUCUUCGGUGUGAUAGUGAGCUGGUUGUACAUCACGCGUGUUGAAGACGCCAUCAGUGAGUACGGUCACUACAUGGACGGACUGCAGGAUUCAAACAUCCAUAAGAGGACAGUGAAGCCACAGGGUCGUGCAGCCAAAUGGUUCAAGUGCAUGCCAGAGAUCGACUGAUGGGAGGGGACGGAGGCGGAGCUCUGGUCAACGUUCAACCACAGGUGAAAACCACUGAGUCAAUGCAGAUGCUGCCAAAGCAGAACUCAAUUGGAACGCUGGACUUCUUCCACUCCGUUCAUUUGUUUGUUUGUUUGUUUUUCUUUGUGAAAAAAAGGAAUUACUAAUUUAAACCACAGUUUUUUCCCAGGUCUUUUUGUAAAGGCAGUGAAUGUCUCUUAAAAACCCCCAGCAGUUUUGUUUCUGUACACUUUUACUGUACAAUCACACACAGGGGUGUGAUUAAUGAUGUGCUUUGGUCGCACUUUGCCUCAGUGACAAACACAACAAAACAAAACAAUCAGCUUCACCUGGUCUGCUUACACUUUUCUGGGUCAACUGCAAUCAAAACAGCAGGUUUGGUCUGUGAAUGCAACGGGACGGCGGUUUCUGAGCAGCGUUCAGUUUCUCACUGUUUUCACGAGGCUUCAGUCAGACACCGUCCAUUUGUGUGAACAGGAGCUGAUUGGAGACAUUUAAGAAAAUAUCUGUCCUGUCUAAACAUGUUUGUUAUACAAUAAGGACUACGUCAAGAUAAAGCCAAACAAGAUAAAAUAUAUUACUUUUUAUGUAAAACUUAAAGCACUGAAUUUGUUCAUUAUAUCACUGAAAUGUUGUAUUUCUUCCUAAUCCCAUUUGGAGGUAAAAAAAGCAUAAAGUAAAUUAAACUGGGAUCAAAUUAACAAAAAUCACUUAUUUUUUUCUUUAUAUAUACA